CCUGUUUUGAAAAAAGUUCAUUUUUUCUUAAAUAAACCAAUAAUCCUAUCUAUAUUUCUUAGCAGAAAGAAACACAUUAUUUUUUAAAAUUUUAGUAGAACAACCCAUCAUCAUUUUGAACCCUGUUAUUAUUUAAAUUCGUAAUUAUUUAUAAUUCGAACAUUCCCCUGCUUUGUUGUUGUGGAGACGUUUACAAAAUGGCUGACAAACUUGUUUAUUUUUGAUGAUAUAAAUGUCUCAAGAUGUAGCCAUUUCAUCAAGAACAGUAAUUUAAAACAUUGAAGCAGAUUCAAGCACUUUUAAUUGAAAAGGAAAGCCAGUUACAUUCAGUAAAAUGGCGGAGACAAAGUCAAUGAGAGUCCUGCCGAGUGGGAAAAUCUACAGGCAGAUGUUUGAAGCUCAGGUCCAGUUGAAUAGAAGUCUGACAAAGAUCCAGAGAGAUUCAACAUCCGGCACCAGGACAACCCAAACAUUGGCAAAUAUUCCUGUUGUCCAUCUUUCCAAAGAUGAAGUGGAACAUGGAAUCCUUGGUGAAAGACAGCGAACUUGGGCUGACGGCUUCCCUAAUGACCCAUACGUUGAAAACCCUGUUGUUUACAAACAAUAUGCGGAUUAUGUUGGAACCAAAAUGAAGGAACCAGUCAGUUCGCUGGAAGGGAAGGAGGUCAGAGGUCUGCCUGAUGUUGUUGUUGCUGCCAAAGAGAAGUCAAACAUCAUUGAAAGGAUAGCUGCCAGCCGUAAAGAGCGACAUGAAUCCACUGUUGAGGAGAUGCAUCAGGAACUAGCACUUAUUAAUGCUGAGAUGGAGCCUAGAAUAUCGGAUGCAUGCUCUGACCUACUGAAGAGAUUGGAAGAAGACGAUGCCGAGAUUGCAGGGAAACUGGCAAGGAUUGAAAAGGAGGAGGAUCUUUUGAGCUACUCCCUGGAGAGUCUACAUAAUCUGUGGGACAACAUUCAAUCUCACUCUGAAGAAAGACAGUCAUGGCUAACCUCCCUUGAUGACUCUUUAAAGAAAGUGGAGAAGGAUAGAAUGGAAAUGAUCCGUAGGGUUUUCAAGGACUAUGCCAAGGCCUUAGAGAAGAUAGCUCAUAUUCUUUCAUCCGACCUACACAGGUUUAUGGACAAAGAGUCACAGCUUAUCAACCAGACUGUUCUAAGUAACAGGCGAGCAUAUGGCGACCUCUUUGUCCGUCUUAUGUCAACUGAUAUUGAGCGGGAAAAAUCACAGCACACAGCAUGGAAGAGACGAGUGGAUGACUGGAAAAUGCUGAAAACAGAACUGGCGGUCAAGAGAUUCAAGUCUUUCAUGGAAGAUGAGAGAGUGGUAUCGCCCCCUGGCGUAGAAAAACAACUACAGUACAUGCUGAAAGAACAGGAAGUCCUGAACCAGAAGAGAAUGGAUCUGGUGAACCAGCUCAGGGACCUGAUGCCGCCAUCUUCUACCAAGACAUCUGUCUAUCACUGGAACAAGGGUGUUCAAGACAUCUCACAGGAAAUAGAUUCGUCCAACCAGGCCCAUCUGUCAAGUCUACACAAGGAAUAUGAAGCUGUAUGCCAAAACUGCCUAGAGGAAAUAGAAAACAUCAAGCUUGAGCUAGUGGACACUGGUGUAUGUAAUGAUAGCCGUGCAAAGACAGUUGUUGAACAGUUUAUGAUCCCACUAGUUGGAGACAGACAGAGGAUCUAUGAGCAGAAUUUGGAAACAAUGGAGAAAUCUCUUGAAGAACAGAACAAACAGACAACAGAAGACCUGAAGUCCUUGUUUAAGUUUGCCCAGGGUGCCGCCCAUGUGUGGGAUAUGCAUGAAAUAGGGCUUGCAAGACAAGAGAGGGCCCUUCAAGAAAAACUUGAGCAGUGUAGGCAACAACAUGACAAUCAAAAUCAGGAUAAGGAAGCUCACCUUGACAUUAUUAUGGAUCGUAUGAGACAGGAUGCUACAGAGAAAGCCCUGAAAGACAGCCUGGCAAAGGCCCUCGAUAUGCUGGACAAAAUCAGACAUGCAUAUGAGGUGUUCCACAAGGACCAGACCGUCAUUGUGAAGAAAUACCCAGAAAUGGUGAAAUCCGAACUCAACAAUUAUGACGAGGCAUUGUGCAAACUGUUUGCAGUUGACAGAAACAAUCCGUUGGAAGUUCAAAGGGAGGAAACUCAGGAAAGUAUUGAACAGGAAGAUUCCAUUGAGGAAGAAGGGAAGGACAGCAAAAAGAGGAAAACUCCUGCGCCAAAACUGCUUCCGUUUCAAAGAAAAGACCCGGCAAAAGAUCUUCCAGGCGCUAUCAGUGAAGUUCUGCAGACAAAGAAAGGAACAACGUUUUAUGUUGUAACAGUAGCUGGUGAGCACGGGAUCCCUGCAGAAACGUCAUCUCCAGAUAAGAAAGAUGACAGCUCUGGCGCGGGUACAGCCUUUAUGACAGAGCUUUCGAGUUUAUCGGGCGAAAAAGAUGGGAGGCCAGACUACAUCAGAAUGAUCGAUAUUCCUGAGAGUUUCCUGAUAGGGAUCAAGAAAGUAAUUCGCAUGAAUUUCCUCAACCAUCUGGAGGAUUGGACAGAACAAGCCUCUGAAAGAUCGUCUAGUGUAGUGGUUGCCAAGUGUGAAGAGUUAAACAGCGAGCUUGACCUUCGUCUUCAUCUCCACAAGCCACGCGCACGCAGGGCGGAGUAUGAUGUGCACAACGUCCGUGCUGCUGAACUAGUAAUGCAUUCUGAGAGAGUAAGUCGUCACUGUAAGGGCAUAACCCAGGCGUUGACGGAGGUGCGGGAAAGGUUCAUGGCCAUGACGCAGGAGCACAAUGAGCUCGCGAACAAGUUCCGACAAGAAAUCGAGGCCCUGGAGGUGGUCUUCAUUAAUGCUACAAAGGCCUCUAAACUUUACAACUUGAAGAACCAGUUGAAUGUUGAACUAGACAAGUUUAUGUCGGUGAUCCGAGCGUCGCUGCGACAGUUCCGACAACACCUUGAUGAGACCCUGCAAAUGUUGAGAGAGUCCAAUGCCAGGUUCAUCAAGUCAUUCAAAGUCUUCAGUGAUGGAGGUAAUUUCUGUCCUGAGGAGAUUGAAGAGUAUCGUAAGAGAUUGGACAAAAUGGCCAACAAUGUAGACAAAUCUGAGGGAGCCAUCAUGUCGGACCUUGAAGAUAUGGAAUCCAAGAGGCUGGAGCAGGCUACUAAAGUUGCUAUGGAAUUUGAGGACAGAUUCAAGAGCCACUUGUUUGACCUUAUCUUCAUGGAGAAGAUUGCACGCUGGCUGACAAACACCCAGGUCAAGAUUAAGGCCGAGGUUGCCAUUAGCAACAGCCAGGCCCAGGCACUUGCACAGCACCUAGCUGACAUUGAUCGGCGCAUAGACGCUUGCGAACGUCCCAAUCUUGAUAAAGAGCAAAUCACCUCUGAACAACUGAACAAUUCAUUGAAGAGUAUUUUCGAAGCUUUUCAAAUCCGCAGUGAAUAUCUUGACUGCCUGAAGGACCCAGCUAUGAGACCCCCAUCUGGAACAAUGGCAGGAGCUCCGGCCGUUGGGGCCAGGGUAGGCUUCGUCCAGGAAUCUGGGCCCACUCCCAUCAGUAAACCUGGGAAACAGCCAUCAGAAGACCCUUCUGUUGGAGUCAUUAAGGGAAUCAUGAAGGCGAACAAGAGCAAGCUGAGAUUCGGACUGGAUGCAGAACUAGAUGGUGAUUUUACCCAAACUGGUGAUCGAGAGAAGAUGAAAUCAUCCAUGUCAACGAACGCAUCGUCCGAUCGUGGCAAACAUAUGCAGAGCCGUCAUGGUCCAUCUCCUGCUUCCGCUUCGGAGAGCAACAAUCGGAAAGUACAGUCUGCUGCGGCUUCUUCAUCUUCGCGUACUGAUACUGGGUUGCGUCGUACCAGUAAGCCUGCCAAGUACGAGAAGAGAACUGUGAUCUUUGGCAAUGCAACAGAGGAGGAAGACAACACUUCACAUUUCCUGGGGACUGUACGGAAAAUCCUCAGAGAAGCUUUAGAUGGCCUGUUUGCAUCUUCUGAGAUGUACUAUCGACAGAAGGGAGCUAGACCAGUAACAAGGCCUCAGGCCCUUCAAGAGACUUUUGAGCUUUGCGCCGAUGUGAUCAUUCAGAAACUGCAGUCCUAUUACCAACAAGCUGACGAAUAUCACAACCAGUGUCUGCAGGAGUUGAGAUCCCAGCUAAGCACCCUGGAGAAGUCUGUAGCUCACAUUCCAAGUUUAGUGGUGUCUGACCUUCUGAAAGACUUCAUAGCUAGGUCACAGUCCACUAGAACACAAUUUGAGGACAAGUUUAAACAGCAGUUGAGUUCUCUCAGAGAGAAACAGAAAGAGCAUGAGCAAAAUCUGAGGCCAAACCUCGGCCACCCUCACCAGGAGGGCAGAUUGGCAGAACUUUGUAGGCAGGAGACAGAGAGGCAUAACCAGUACCUAGCAGCAGUUGAUGAGCAGACUAUGGCACUACAGAACAAUGCUGUAGACCAGGCCAAGAUAUUUCUGGAGUCCCUGGCGCGCUUGUCUGAGAACCAACUUCUUCAAUAUGACAAUAUGCUUGUAAACGAUGACGUUGAGAAAGGACGCGUGGACCCUACAAAGUACCCUACCACUGAGUUAAUCCGACGUAAAAAUGCCGGUGAGCCCCUGGAGGAUAGUGAGGAUAAAGAUGCCUUGCCACGUGGCAAAAAUACAUGGACAGGUCUGCCAAGCAAUGAUUUGGUGAGUGGAGACAAGCCAGGAAAAGUUCAGCUCACUGCCUCUGUGACGACAGCUAAGACCACGCUGGGUCACAGCGCCACAAUGAAGACCAGAGAUGAGGCUUAUCAGGACUACAAGAGAGUAUUUGAGAAUACUCUUCAGGAAAUAGAUGAAGAAAAACAGCGCCUUCUGGUUGCCGAGCAACGGUGGAUGGAUAGUUGGAAUACGUCUGUGGAGAAAGUAAAAAUGCUGUAUUAAAAAUUAAGUUGAAAUAUCUCUUCUUACAAGGAAAAAAUGCUGUAUUAAAAAUUAACAUUUGGAAUACCUCAGCUUAAAUGGAAAAAAAUGCCGUACUAAAAAUGAACAUUGGGAUUCCACGGCUUAGAAGGAUAAAACUCUCUACUAAAAAUCAACAUCUGGAAUACUUCAGCUUAGAAGGAUAAAACACUGUACUAAACAUUGACAUUUGGAAUACCUCAGCUUAGAAGGAUAAAACACUGUAUUAAAAAUCAACAUUUGGAAUACCUCUGUAUUAAAAAAUUGAAAUUUUGAAAAUUAUGAAACUACAUGUAAACAUUAUAGCAUUCAUUAUUAUAACUGAAGGAUUAUUGUGGACUUAUUUUUAUUUAAUUCUGUGAUAUGUGUGAAAGAAAAUGUGAAUGUGUGCUUGACUCCUUUGUUCUAGUUCAUUUUUAAUUGAGAAAAGAAUGAAUCUGAAUCUUUGAUAUAAUAAGAUUUAUAUUUAGAUGUGUAUUGCAAAUAAUUAAGAAACGAAACUGCAUUAGAAACAAUCUAAUUGUUAGAUCUAUAUAUAUAUAUAUAUAAACGUGAAUUAUUUCGAUAGUUUAUAAUACGCCUCACUGUGUUAAAAUUUAUUUACUUCAAAGGCUGUUCACUCAUUCCGUUUAUAAAUGUUCAAAAAGUGUAAUCAUCAUUAAAAAACCUUUAAUAUCAUAAAAGGUAGUUCUCAAGCAUAAAAAGUCAUUUUAGAUUGUUAUCAAUAUAAUAAAACGUUAAGAAAGGAGGUUUUGAAAUUGACUUAUAGUCAAAACCCCGUUGGGUCGAUUUCCUUGAACUGGAUGUUAAGGACCAAUUUUGUUUCUACUAAAUGUAAUCAUUCAUGCUUGGCUCGAAUUUUCCAAGAGUUAAGUUAACUUUUAUGAACAAAGACCGAAAAGCACCUUGCAGGAACUCAUGUGAACAUGAUUUUGUAAAUCCAGACCUGAAAUUGAUAAAUUUUAAAUAACACUUCUAAUGACAAAAUAUAGCAUUUUCUGUUGCAUUUAAAAGAAGUGAUCAACAAUGGAGCCCUAAUUUGAAAUUUUAAUGAUGUUUAUCAUUUGUACAAGCAUUUUGUUCAGAUUUCAUUUAGUAAUUAUUUUGUCUGACCUUGUUAAACUUGAGCAAGUGCCUUUAAAGGCCCACAACUCAAUAAAAUAAAUUUCAACAACUUGAUGGACGACCUUAUAACAUGUGACUGUGUCCCUUUAAACGUUUUAGAAGAAUCGUUUGUUGCCUUAAUUGUAUUUCUAUUUUUACUAUCUUAUACACAUGUAUGCUUUCAAAUAAAUUAAACUAUUUAUAGACUGUGAUAUAAUGUGUAAUAUGUGCUUCUAAUAAAUGUUUUGAAGA